AAUGACGCUUCCACCGUUCGUCUUGUUUAUCUUCUUCGACAUGAAUGCUAGUCUUCAUUGCUUUAUUUUAUUGAAUUCUCAUUAAGCAAUUGCAUUUCCGAAUAAUUUAGUGUGUUAUUAGUGUGUUUAUAGGGUUUUGAGACAUACUAUUUGACUGAUUACGAGCGUUUUAGGGUUUGUCAGAGUUGUUUGGCCUGAGCUUAGAGACUCGCUUAUUUCACAUUUCGGGCGUUUAAUCUUUUUUUUCUUUAGAGUUUAGUGUGUUUAAUAAUAAUCCAUUGUUAAACCAUGGCUGUUGUCAACGAAGGAGCUCUUAAAAAGAUGCUGAAGCAAUACAAAUACAGAGAUCUCACUGUGCGAGAGAUAACAAAUGUCAUAUCUCAGUACAAAGACCUCAAACCUGUUAUGGAUGCAUAUGUAUUUAAUGAUGGAUCCUCCAGAGACUUGAUGAGCCUCACAGGAACUGUACCAGUUAGUUAUAGAGGGAAUGUAUACAAUAUUCCUGUGUGCUUGUGGCUUUUGGACACAUAUCCCUACAAUCCUCCUAUAUGUUUUGUGAAGCCCACCAGUGCGAUGAUGAUUAAGACAGGGAAACACAUUGAUGCCAACGGCAAGAUCUACCUGCCCUACUUGCAUGAGUGGAAACAUCCUCAGUCAGAUUUAUAUGGACUUAUCCAGGUCAUGAUUGUUGUUUUUGGUGAAGAGCCACCCGUUUUCUCCAGACCCACCACACAACCUCCAUAUCAGGCUUUCCAAGCGACUGGACCUCCAAACCAGUCUUAUAUGCCAGGCAUGCCAGCAGUAUCUCCCUACGGGCCCAACCAAAACCCAUGUGGUUACCCAGGUUACCCUUACCCAGGAGGGAAUGCUUAUCCUGCCACAGGUGGCCCAUCACAUUAUACUUCCCAGACUCCAGUCACUACUGUGGGUCCAAGUCGUGACGGCACCAUCGGUGAGGACACCAUUCGAGCAUCACUAAUCUCAGCUGUGAGUGACAAACUACGCUGGAGAAUGAAGGAGGAGAUGGACAGAGCACAGGCCGAACUAGAUGCCCUAAAGAGGACAGAGGAGGACCUGAAGAAAGGACAUCAGAAACUGGAAGAUAUGGUGUCCCGUCUGGACCAGGAAGUGGCUGAAGUGGACAGAAACAUUGAGCUUCUCAAGAAGAAGGAUGAAGAACUGAGUGAAGCUCUUGAGAAGAUGGAGAAUCAGUCAGAAAACAAUGAUAUUGAUGAUGUGAUCAUACCAACAGCCCCGCUCUACAAACAGAUCCUGAACCUGUAUGCAGAGGAGAAUGCAAUAGAGGACACCAUCUUUUACCUUGGAGAAGCCUUACGUAGAGGAGUCAUCGAUCUGGAGGUCUUUCUCAAGCAUGUGCGCCUACUGUCCCGAAAACAGUUUCAGUUGCGAGCACUUAUGCAGAAAGCACGAAAGACUGCUGGACUUAGUGAUCUAUACUGACCACGUCACCACCAAUACACUCUCCCCAACACUCCAGCUCUGAUCAUAAGACCCAGACUCUCUUCUAAUCACUUUGUGGCAUGUCAGUGGACGUUCACCUGUUUAUCAUAUUUUACUUUUCUGAGAAUUUUAGAUGCUGUGCCUGCCUGAUUUUAAUCUCUUGAUUUAGAAAAGGUACAAAGGUACAGUGUUUGAGUAGACCUGAACAUUCGAAGUCAAUGGGAUAUUAUGUUCCUUCUUUCAUUUGAGCUUCUAAUGUUAAACUGGUAGGUGUUUUGCGUUUAGAUGCUACUGCUAUUGACUAUACAGAUUAAUAUUUAAUUUCAGGGUCAACAGGAAAUGUAUGAGAUCAGGCAAUGUUACAGAUUAUUGUCUUACUCAAUAACUGUGAAUCUCGCAGGGAAAUUUACCCCAA